AUGUCCAAACCAGCGCAUACACGGUUCCAGCGGACCCUCUCCAGCACAAUGCCGAGGGAGGCAACCAGGCCGUUCUCCACGCAAGCUCGGGUGCACCCGACAUUCCUCCCAUAUCUUCACACACGAGGCCGGCUAGCAGCAAGAUGGGUCCCAUCCACCAUCGCCUUCAUUGCUGCCGCCUACGCCGUCAACCACUACAUCCAACUCGAAGCGGCUUCGCGACGCGCCGCCGAGAACGACGAGCGCCAAGCCCGGGAGAGCCGCGCGCUCACCAUCGAACUCCUGGACGCGUAUGGCGACGGGUCGAGCUUGGAGGCGCUGGAGAAGGCUGUCGAGGUGUACGAAGCCAGGACGGCUGCGUCUGGUUCGGGGAGAAGCUCGUCUGGCUAG